UCGCAUCAUGUCAAGUCGGCAUUUGCUUAUUUGAGGUUUUGAGGUUUUAGGGUUUUUUCUCUCUCUCUCUCUCUCUCUCUCGCUACACUUCUUUCGCUCGAACCCAAGAAGCCAUGACUGCCCAAACUCAAGAAGAGCUCCUAGCUGCUCAUCUGGAGCAGCAGAAAAUUAAUGCUGAUGAGCCAGUGGUGGAAGACGACGAGGAUGAUGAUGAGGACGAUGAAGAGGAUGAUGACGCUGAAGGACAACAAGAUGGAGAUGCAAGUGGUAGGUCAAAGCAAAGCAGAAGCGAAAAGAAGAGUCGCAAGGCAAUGCUAAAGCUAGGAAUGAAGGCUAUACCUGGUGUUAGUCGUGUUACUGUCAAGAAAAGGAAGAAUAUUUUGUUUGUCAUUUCAAAACCCGAUGUCUUUAAGAGCCCAACAUCAGACACAUAUGUUAUAUUUGGUGAGGCAAAGAUAGAAGACUUGAGCUCACAACUGCAAACUCAGGCUGCGGAACAAUUUAAAGCUCCUGAUUUGAGCAAUGUGAUUCAAAAGCCUGAACCAUCAACGAUUGCUCAGGACGAUGAAGAAGUGGAUGAGACAGGAGUGGAGCCAAAGGAUAUUGAGUUGGUUAUGACCCAAGCUGGGGUGUCCAGGUCAAAGGCCGUUAAGGCUCUCAAAGCUGCUGAUGGAGAUAUAGUUUCAGCAAUUAUGGAGUUGACCAACUAAAAGAGUUUUAUUGAUGCUUUUAGUAACUUGUUGCUCAUGCAAGCAUCUCAUGUAUCGUUUGCAUUUCCUUGUUGCUUGUUUCUUGCCAUUUACCGUCCAUGUUCUGCUACUAUGGUGACAUAAACUGGUAGUCAAAGAUUGAGCUUUCUCAAGUUAUCUUCAUUUUCAUUAAUU